CAUAUUUUAAACGACAUGACGCUAGACCCUAUACCCCUUACGCCGUCCGAGGCGGCGUCCGGGCUUCUGGGCUCGGUGUCUAUGACUUGUUGGGUUUUCUUGUUGGUCCCCCAGCUAAUCGAAAAUUACCGCAACGGUAACGCGGAAGCAAUUUCUUUCCUUUUCGUUCUCGUCUGGUUCAUCGGUGAUAUCGCCAACCUCAUAGGCGGUUUACUAGCAGGCCUAGUACCCGUCAUUAUUGCAAUUGCCGUAUACUUCUGCAUCGCAGACGGUGUUCUUAUCUCACAAUGCCUAUACUAUAAAGCACGGAACACCCGCCUCGAGUCCGUGCACCGGCGCCGGCGCUCCUCAACCGAGACGUUUGAUCCCACGACCCCGCUCCUUGGUCGCCGGUUCAGCGAUUCACUAGAGGGUGCCCAUGGGCGGCGGCGGUCGUCGGGUUCUUGCCGUGGCUACCAGGGUGCUGGGCGCCGGGAUAGCCAGGUUGAGGAUCCGUUGGCGAAGAUCGUGGAGGAGAGUGAGUACGGACGCAAGGCCUGGCUGAAGAACUGUAUCAGUGUGUUGGGCAUUUUCGUUAUUGGCAUGGCUGGUUGGACGAUUGCUUGGCAGACUGGAAUGUGGACGCCAGCGCCAGCGCCGCAAGCGCAUGCGAGUGCGGUGGACAUCGCCCUUGGUGGGCAGAUCCUGGGAUACUUUAGUUCUGUUUGUUAUCUGGGAGCGAGAUUGCCUCAGAUCUACAAGAACUACAGUGACAAGUCAUGUGAAGGCUUGUCACUCUUAUUUUUCAUCCUCUCUCUUCUGGGUAACCUGACCUAUGGCGCCGGGAUCCUGGCCCACUCGAUGGAACGAGAAUAUGUUAUAACCAACCUGCCCUGGUUGAUUGGCUCUUUGGGAACCAUGGCCGAAGAUGUGGUUAUCUUUUGCCAAUUCCGCAUCUAUGCUACACAGGAACCCCUGUUGGCAGUGUCUUGA